AUGGCGUCAGGGCAUCUAGGGAGCACAUCUGCUCAGCAGCGGGAGGAGCCCCAGAGCCGCCAGGAGUCAAGAAUAGGUGGGAGCAUUGACGGCCCUCAUGUCCUCUCCUGGUGUCUUCUGGAGGUGAGGCCUUGGCUGAAGGAGAUUGGUCACAGUCAGCAGAGGGGGCUGUCCCAGGCCCUGCAGGGUGUCAAGGUGCAGACUGAGCCGACCGCCAUCGUCCCAGCACAGAUGGACCCCACGGAGUUUGAUUGUCCCCUAGUCCAGCCCAGUCCUCCUACCAGCACCGAGGGGCCCAGGGCUGUGCCACAGUCUACACAAGAGGUGCCCCCUCCAUCCCUCUUACAGGGGCUCCAGGAACCGGGAGGCGAAGGCCCAAGUCUGAGGACCGUGUCCUCAGGCCACAGAGCAGAGGAGGCCCAGGCAGUGCCAGGAGUCAAGGGGAGGUUGGCAGGGGACAGGCCGCCCAGGAGGAGCGCCCCUGUGAGGCCCGAGGGCACCCCUGAAGACGAGACCUGUCCGUGGUCCCUACCUGUCACCCCUGCCCACACUCCCGUCGGCGGCCCGACCCCAGUCAUCAUGCCCCUGGUCGAGAUAAGUGAGCUCCGCCAGCCGGAGGCAGACCUUCAGGCCCCAGUGAAAGCGCAGCUGGUGGGGGCUGAGGGGGAGAAGGCCACAUCCUCCUCGUCCUCCACCUCCUCUGGUGACGCCUAUGUCGAGUUGUUGCCCCAGGAGGCACUUCGUGUGCUGAUAGUUGACCUGGUGGCGUUCCUGCUCUUCAAGUGUCGCACCCAGGAGCUGACCUCCAAGGCGGAGAUACUGAACGUGGUCCUCCGUGACCAUCAGGACCACUUCACCAUCGUCUUCGGCAAAGCUUGCGAGUGCGUGCAGCUGGUGUUUGGUGUGGCCGUGAAGGAGGUGGUGCACCUCCACGAGCGCACCUACGUCCUGGUCCCCAUCCUGGGCCUCACCAGUGAUGCAAUGCUGAGCGAUGGGCCGAGCAUGCCCAAGGCCAGCUUCCUGGUGCAGCUCCUGGGCCUCAUCACCCUAUACGGUGACCACGCCCCUGCGGAGGAGGUCUGGGGAUUGCUUAACAACAAGGGUCUGUGUGCUGGCAGGAGGCACUGUAUCCAUGGUGAGGUCAGGGAGCUGCUCACCAAUGUGUGGGUGCAGGAGGGUUACGUGGAGUACCGGCAGGUGCCCCACAGCGACCCCGCCUGCUACGAGUUCCUCUGGGGUCCCCGGGCCCUCAUGGAGGCCAGCAAGUGUCAGGUCCUGGAGUAUCUGCUCAGGGUCAGUGGAUGGGAUUCCAGGUCCUUCCCAUCCCUGUCUGCAGAGGGUGUGAGCAAUGAGGAACAGGGAGCCUGA